AUGCGGAUGCUAGAGGUGCCAGUGUCCGCUACGGAGAUCAACACCCGAGUCUCUAGGACAAUAUCCUCGAAGUUGAAGAACUAUCGGGUGGUGCCGAUGCGUCCUGACAGGGACUACAUCUCUCUGAAGAAGGAGAAGAAGAAGAAGAAGAAGAAGAAGAAGGCAAAGAAGGCGGAGGCCUCUGCCAAGCGCUGCCGCGAGGCCAAGAAGGCGGGGCUCCCCGAGCCUGAAUCCUCCGAGACUUCGGUCUCAGAGGUAGAGGACGGGGAUGACACACAUUGGCUAAAUGAACUCCUUGACGAGGAGGAAGAGGAUGAAGAGGUCCCCCCAACUGGUGGGGGGACAGAGGCCCCAAAGGGGUCACAGAUCCUAGGGGGCGUAGAGGGCGCCCCCUACAACAUUGUUGGCGAGGGAGGGGAUGAAGCCCCUCAAGGGGGUUUGGUUCCCCCGGAUCCCCAAGAAGGGGAGGUGGCGUUGGUUGGAGAGCCUGAGGUGCCUGUGGGGCCAAAGGACCCGUCCGAGCCUCGUCCGGGGACGGAGGCAGAGACGGAGGGUUCGGCAGAGGUGCCGAAGGCCGGGACAGCCGUCGGGGCCCCUAUGACCCCAGGUGCGGCAAUGGGCGUCUGCCCGACAACCCGCGGCGCCCAGGGAGCGCCAAGCUCCCAGAAGAGUGCUACGCCCCAGGCAAGGUAA